AUGGCCAAGGAUAAAUCUGAGAAAAAGAGAAAGGAAAUAGCUGACGGGGCUGACGUGGAAAUGGCAGAUGCGUCUGCUGAAAGAUCACCAAAAAAAGCCAAGAAGGAAAAGGGAAAAGAGGAAAUUGUAAUUCCUGUUGAAGAUCUGUCCCCAAUUGCGCAUCCCUUGGCCCAGAAGAAGCUCGUGAAGAAGUUGCACAAGGCGAUCAAGAAAGCGUCCAAGGCGCGUCAGGUAAAACGAGGCGUAAAAGAAGUCGUCAAAGGCAUAAGAAAAGGAGAGAAGGGCCUCCUUGUCCUUGCCGCUGACAUCAACCCUAUCGACAUCGUUUCACAUCUUCCAGUCAUGAGCGAAGAAGCCCAAAUACCCUACAUUUUCGUAUCCUCCAAGGAAGAACUCGGACAUGCGAGUUCGACAAAACGGCCCACCAGCUGUGUGAUGAUAUGUCCGAACCAGAAACGCAAAACAAAGCGGAAAGAGGGUGAAGAGGAGAAGGAUGACGAUUAUAGCGAACUGUAUGACGAGUGCUACAAGGAGGUGGAAAAGCUAGACACCAAGGUAGUCUUUUAG